GCGUUUGAGGGGACGGGCGGUAGGGGUAAAAGGAGUUGCCGGGCGUUAGCAGAGCAUUAACGGCGUUUGGGAGGAGGCUUUUGUCGCUAUCUGCCAUUUCAAAACAAGAGAGAAUCGCCAGUCUCCAAACUCAAUACCAAGCCGACGUAUACACUUCGCCUUCAGUACAAUUUACAACGCCGGUAGCUGGGAGAAUUAAGGUGUCGAAGAUCGCUAAUUAGCGAUACAGCUAGCAGUUAGCCAGCACCUUUCAUAGCUAGCAUAGCUAAGUUACGUUCUCAUUAGCAAACAAUCGUCCUCGCGCCCCAACCAGUUCUGUUUGAUACUUCUGAUCUCGAACAACGUCAGUAUUCUAUGCUAUUAGCGUGCACGUUUUUCUUAUUUACUGUUAGAGCUAACGUUAGCGUACGAGUGAGCCUGGCCGCUGGAAACGGUUUGUGGCUACCCAUUGAUACUGCGAACCAUCACUCCCAGGUCCCCCAUCACCUCUGCCCCUUUCCCUUCCACCCGACACCCUGGAAAUCCACAAGCGGCCGGAGAACGGCGUCGAGCCAGCGAAGCUGGGGGUGGUUUCGGACUCCCACCUUAUCGGAGCGCCGACAGAGAGGCAUAGUCGUGGGGACGUGAAGACGACUAUGGACGGACUGGCGGUGGAGGUCCGAGGCUCGAACGGGGCCUUCUACAAGGGCUUCAUCAAGGAUGUCCAUGAAGAAACACUCACAAUAGCCUUCGAAAACAACUGGCAGCCAGAAAGACAGAUGCCUUUCAGUGAUGUUCGGCUGCCGCCACCGACAGACUACCACAAGGACAUCGCUGAGGGAGAAGAGGUGGAGGUGUAUUCUCUGGCCCCUGGCAUCGCUCGACACACACCUUACCUUGUCCAGCCCCACACGCACGCACGCGCGCACACACACACGCACAGAUCUCCCCACCCGCCCCUUCCUCCAUCCUCUGCGCCGCCUGAGGUGUACUCGCGGGCGAACGACCAAGAGCCCUGUGGCUGGUGGCUGGCCCGCGUCCGUAUGAUGAAGGGAGAGGUGAGUCAGGGCCUGUUCUACGUGAUCGAGUACGCAGCGUGCGAACCGUCGUACAACGAGAUCGUCACGUCGGAGCGGAUCCGGCCAGUCAACCCCAACAGCCCCUCGUCACGGAGCUCCUUCCACAAAGUCCGCGUCGCUGUCCCCGAAGACCUGAGAGACAUCUGUAUGAACGACAACAUCCACAAAGACUUCAGGAAAGCCAUCGGAGCCAACUGCAUCUUCUACAACACUCCUACCCACGAACUUGUCAUCCUGUCCACAAAUGAGACCACAGUGAAGCGCGCCAAUCUCCUCAGUGACAUGCACUUUCGCAGCAUCCGCACUAAACUCAUGCUCAAGUCCCGCAAUGAAGAGGCCACCAAACACCUUGAGACAAGCAAGCAGCUGGCGUCUGCGUACCAGGAGGAGGUGCGCGUGAGGGAAGACCUGAUGGGAUUGGCCAUCGGUUCCCAUGGCGCCAACAUCCAGCAGGCCCGCAAGGUGCCCGGGGUCACCGCCAUCGAGCUGGAGGAGGAGAGCUGCACUUUCAGGAUCUACGGAGAGACCCCAGAGGCUGUGAAGCAGGCCCGAGUUUAUCUUGAGUUUAAGGAAGAUGCCUUCCAGGUGCCCAGACACCUUGUUGGUAAAGUGAUUGGCAAGAGCGGCAAGAUCAUCCAGGAGAUAGUGGACAAGUCUGGCGUGGUGCGGGUGCGGAUUGAGGGGGACAACGACAAAAAGAUCCCCCGUGAGGAGGUAGGCAGAGAGGGGACUCGCAGAGACGUCACUUCAGGCAGCCAAGAGGGAAUGGUUCCGUUCAUCUUCGUGGGCACCAAGGAGAACAUCAGCAAUGCACAGGCACUGUUGGAGUACCACGUGGCUUACUUACAGGAAGUUGAGCAGCUGCGUCAGGAGCGUCUCCAGAUCGACGAGCAGCUCCGUCAGAUCGGCGUGGGCUACCGCGCUCCCGCCAACCGCUCCGGACCGGGCGGUGCAGCGGGCGACCGCGAGCGAGGCUACACGACCGACGACAGCACCAACUCCGCCAACCUGCACACCUCGCGCACCUACGGGGGCCGUGGCCGCGGGCGAAGGGCCUCCAACUCCCAGUACUCUGGCUAUGGCACUAACUCCGAGCUCUCCAACGCUUCAGAGUCGGAGGAGGUGGGCGAGCGGGACGUUCGGCCACGCGGCGUGGAGAGGGGCGGCGGCGACGAGCGCGGCGCCCGCCGGGGGGGCCGGGGACGCGGCAACAGCACCGGGAGAGGGCGCGGAGGGGCCGGCCCACGCCAGAACAACUCCAUCAGCUCAGGUGAGCACGCAGAGAUGCUGAGGGACCCAGACAGUAACCCGUACUCUCUGCUGGAGGGCGAGGGUGAGCCUGGUGGCGACACCGACGCCAGCGAGGGCCCCGGCGCCGGCAACGGCAACGACCGCAGGAGACGCUCCCGGCGCCGCCGGACCGACCAGGACCCCAGCGUCAUGGACGCCGCCGCCAGCGAGUCCGAUGGCCAGGCCGCCGCCAGUGAGAAUGGACUAGAGGAGGACGGCAAGCCCCAGCGCCGAAACAGGAGUCGCCGUCGCCGUAACCGUGCCAACCGUCCCGAGGGUGGAUCCACCAGCCGUGACAGACAGCCAGUGACUGUGGCAGACUUCAUCUCUCGCCCCGAGUCUCAGAGUCGACAGAACCUUCCCCCAAAGGAGAAGGAGACACAGCCUGCCCCACACACUAAGGAGAACGGGACGGCCAAUAAGAAGGAGGAGCGUGCGGCCUCCAAGCGUUCCCCCAGCAACGGCGUGGCCAACGCGGGCGAGGCCCUAGUCAACGGCGUCUCGUAGAGCGCCCUCCGCGCCAGUCACGACCAGCGUCUAGAGCAAGACAUCACGGCAAACUAUCUGUCCCUGCUUGCAUUUGCGUAACAAAGAAAAAAAAAAGAUAUCCUAUCAAACAGAUGAGUGAGAAAAAAAUCGACUUCAAAAACCUGAAUCCAUACGAGAGAUGUUUAAAAAGAAUUUUAAAAACCACAAAAAAACGACAAACGCAUCUAAUUAAAAAACCACACAUUAAUGAUGUAUGUUUAUCCUAUCUAUCAGUACUUAGAGCUUAUUUAAGACUAGCUUGCCAAACAUAAGCUGGUGGAUACGACUCGAUCUUUAAUGACAUACUGAACUCAGAAACAGGACGUGACUAUUGUUAUUGUUAACUUUUUUUUGUUUAUUUUUUUGUCCUUUUUUUGUUGUUCGUUUUUGUUUUUGUUUUGUUUCACUGGUUUAGAGGCUUGUGAUCACACUUGGUCAUAGAUAGACACAUCUUUGAAACAAUGUUGGCAAGAGAAAUAAAAGAAAAAAAAGAAAAUGGGAGGAGAUGAAAAAGGGAGAUCUGAGGUGAUUAUCGAUGAGGCGUGGGGCUGGGCGGGACCCCAACGAGUUGACUGACAGGUGUCCGUCAGGCAGUGCGGUGCAGUUACGGUGGUGUUAGCCAGGCAUGAGAGAUUGGGUUGGACGGAGAGACAUUGUGCCUUGAAUUUGAAAAAAAAGAGAAAACUUGAGAUUUUUUUUUGUUUUUGUUUUGUUUUCUUUAUCUUUUUUUUCCACGGAAAGAUGGAUGGAGUUGCUUUUAGUGUGUUUUCGUUUUUGUUGAUGUCUCGAUGGGGUUGAGGAGAGAGUGAAAAGCUGAAGUUUAACAGUCCACGGUGGCACAGGGGGGGUGGGAUGGAGUCGGUGGUUCGCAGAACAGGGAAGUAUGAUGCCAAAAGAGAAUUUCAAGGGCACCGGUCCCCCUCAGUAUGAAAUGUAGACAGGGACCGUGUUACACAAAGAACACUUGUCCUUUUUUUGGGGGGGGGGGGGAGGUGCGGGGGGCGGGAGAGAAGGCGAUGUGGGCAGGACAGUGUUUGUGUUGUUGAGUGUGUGUGUGCGUGCGUGCGAGAGACAGUGUUUUAAGGUGCGUAUGUCUUUGUGCGCACGUGGGUGUGUGUGUGUGUGUGUGUGCGUGCGUUCAUGUGUGCAGUUGAGAGAGAUGUGACCUGAGAGCGUAGUCAGGGACAGGGGGUGGGUCUCAAAGCGGACCCCGCCCCCUCCCUCCGAGCUGUGAAGGGAUUGGGCGCCCAGGUGAGGCUUGUUUUGAUUGGUGGCUUGAGAGGUGCCCGUCUCUGACUAGCCCAAACACAACCCCUUGCCCCUCAAACCCCCUACUGACGCCACUCAAAUCCAAUACCACGCCGUGGUCCCCGCCUUCUAGACUCCUAUAAACAACAAAAUAGACACACACACACACACACACAUACACAUACAUACACACAGAGAGACGUUCAGUGCCUCUACAAACACCCGAGCUCCACUCCCCACCCUCUUGGCUGAUCCCCCACUAACCAUCGCAGUAGACUCGCGGAAGAGACCUAUUUGUUUGGGGGCGCACAUGGGUGUGAGCGACAGGAGCGUGGGUGUGUAAAGGAGUGUGUCUGGGCUC